UUCAAAAACAGCACAAUUAUCCAUUCAUUCACAUUAGAUGAAAUAAUUUCUAUCCUUGAAUCUUGAUAGCUUUUGAUUUCCUUCAAAAUUCCGCUGUUAGCUAGACGUUUCUUACAAGUUCAAUAGAAGAUGGCUGCAGCUAUGAUAGGAGAAGCUUUUCUCUCUGCAAUUGUUCAGACUUUAGUUGAGAAACUUGUUUCAACACAGUUUCUUGAUUACAUCAAAAACACCAAGCUCAAUGUCUCACUCUUGAGGCAGCUAAAAACAACACUGCUCACUCUGCAGGUUGUGCUGGAUGAUGCAGAGGAGAAACAGAUCAACAAUCCUGCUGUCAAACAAUGGCUUGAUGACUUGAAAGAUGCUAUCUUUGAUGUUGAGGACUUGCUCAACGAAAUUAGUUAUGAUUCCCUGCGAUGCAAAGUCGAGAAUACACAAGCUCAAAACAAAACUAAUCAGGUGUUGAACUUCCUUUCAUCUCCUUUUAAUAGCUUCUACAGAGAGAUCAAUUCUCAAAUGAAGAUAAUGUGUGAAAGCCUGCAAUUGUUUGCACAACAUAAAGAUAUCCUUGGUUUGCAAACUAAAAGUGCUAGAGUUUCUCGUAGAACACCUUCAAGUUCAGUGGUAAAUGAAUCUGUCAUGGUGGGUAGGAAGGAUGACAAAGAGACAAUAAUGAAUAUGUUGCUAUCAGAGAGAGACACAACCCAUAAUAAUAUAGGUGUUGUUGCAAUUUUGGGCAUGGGAGGUUUAGGAAAAACUACCCUUGCCCAACUUCUUUACAAUGAUAAAGAAGUUCAACGGCAUUUUGAUUUGAAGGCAUGGGUUUGUGUGUCUGAGGAUUUUGAUAUUAUGAGAGUAACCAAAUCUCUCCUUGAAUCGGUCACUUCCAGAACUUGGGAUACCAAUAAUCUUGAUGUCCUUCGAGUUGAGUUAAGGAAAAACUCAAGGGAGAAAAGAUUUUUGUUUGUGUUGGAUGACCUGUGGAACGACAAUUAUAGUGAUUGGGAAGAACUUGUAAGUCCCUUCAUUCAUGGAAAACCUGGAAGCAUGGUGAUUAUAACAACGCGCCAACAAAAAGUUGCAGAGGUGGCACAUACAUUUCCUAUACAUAAAUUAGAACCUCUAUCAACUGAAGAUUGUUGGUCUUUACUCUCAAAGCAUGCAUUGGGAAGUAAAGAGUUUCACCAUAGUAUUAACACAACCCUCGAAGAAAUUGGCAGGAAGAUUGCAAGAAAGUGUGGAGGAUUGCCAAUUGCUGCUAAAACACUAGGAGGAGUUCUACGUUCAAAGGUAGACAUAACAGAGUGGACUUCAAUUUUGAACAACGACGUAUGGAACUUACGAAAUGAUAAUAUUCUUCCAGCUUUGCAUUUGAGUUAUCAAUACCUUCCCUCUCAUUUGAAAAGAUGUUUUGCAUAUUGUUCACUUUUUCCAAAGGAUUAUCCACUUGAUAGAAAGCAAUUGGUCUUGUUGUGGAUGGCAGAAGGCUUCCUUGACUGUUCUCAAGGGGGAAAAGAGUUAGAGGAGUUAGGUGAUGAUUUCUUUGCUGAAUUGCUAUCCAGAUCCUUAAUUCAACAAUCAAAUGAUGAUGCUCGUGGGGAAAAGUUUGUCAUGCAUGACCUUGUCAAUGAUUUAGCUACAAUCGUAUCUGGAAAAAGUUGUUGCAGGUUUGAAUGUGGUGACACUGAAAAGGUUCGUCAUGUUUCAUAUAAUCAAGAAGAGUAUGACCAUUUCACGAAGUUUAAGCCUUUCUACAGUUUCAAAUGCUUGCGAAGCUUCCUACCCACUUACCCUGCAUGGGGCUAUAGCAUAUCUUUUAAGAUGAUUGAUGAUUUGAUACCAACACUCAAAAGGUUGCGUGUGUUAUCACUAUUAAAUUAUACAAACAUCACAAAGCUACCAGAUUCAAUUGGUAAUUUGGUGCAAUUGCGGUAUUUAGACCUCUCCUUCACUAAAAUCAAAAGAUUGCCUGAUACAAUAUGUAACCUUUACAAUUUGCAAACCUUGAUUUUAUCAAAUUGUGAGGCUCUCACUGAAUUGCCAUUACAUAUUGGAAAUUUAGUCAAGUUACGUCACCUUGAUAUAAAAGGGACUAACAUAAGUGAGUUUCCUGUGGAAAUUGUGGCACUAGAAAACCUCCAAACUUUGACAGUUUUUGUAGUGGGUAAGCGACAUGUAGGGUUAAGUAUCAAAGAGCUCAGAAAAUUUCAAAACCUACAGGGAAAACUUACCAUUAAGAACCUGCAUAAUGUCGUUGAUGCCACAGAGGCAGAAGAUGCCAACUUGAAAAGAAAAGAGAAAAUCGAGGAGUUAGAGUUGCUUUGGGGAAAACAAAGUGAAGAUUCACUACAAGUGAAAUUUGUGCUUGAUAUGUUGCAUCCACCAAUAAAUCUGAAGAGCCUGAAAAUUGACUUGUAUGGUGGGACAAGUUUCCCGAGUUGGUUGGGAGACUCUUCAUUUUCUAAGAUGGUGUCCCUUCACAUAACUAAUUGUGAAUUUUGCCCAACACUUCCACCCCUAGGACAACUACCUUUUCUCAAGGACCUAGAAAUACAUGGUAUGAAAAUGUUGGAGACAAUUGGCCCAGAUUACUAUUAUGUCCAGAUUGAGGAAGGCUCCAAUUUUUCCUUCCAACCAUUUCAAUCCCUUGAGCGUAUAAAAUUUAACAACAUGCCAAAUUGGAAUCAAUGGCUUCCCUUUGAAGGAAUGAAUUUUUCUUUUCCUCGACUCAGAACUAUUGAGUUGCAUAAUUGUCCAAAACUAAAAGGACUUUUGCCUAGCAACCUUCCUUGCAUAGAAGAAAUUGUAAUAAAAGGUUGCUAUCAUCUAUUGGAAACACCAUCUACUUUACAUUGGGUGUCGUCCAUACCGAAAAUUAAUAUCCAUGGGCUUGGUAAAAGGACCAUAUUGUCAUUGCUUAAGAGUGAUUCUCCCUGUAUGAUGCAAGAUGUAGUGAUUCAAAAUUGUGUUGGGCUAUUAGGUUUGCCAAAAUUGAUUCUGAGAAGCACAUGUCUUCAACACUUGAAACUCUAUUCUCUUCCUUCUCUCACUACAUUUCCCUCAAGUGGUCUACCAACUUCAUUGCAUUCAAUCUGUAUAAGAGAUUGUGAGAAUUUAUCCUUCCUACCUCUUGAAACCUGGAGCAAUUACACAUCACUUGUGAACAUUGAGUUAUAUCAUAGCUGUGAUGCACUUGAAUCAUUUCCGCUUGAUGGUUUCCCUGCUCUCCAAAGUCUUAAAAUUUACGAUUGUAGGAGUGUGGAUUCCAUUUAUAUUUCAGAAACUCCUUCACAUCGGCCGUCAAGCCUUGAAUCACUUAAAAUCAAAUCCCAUGAUUCAAUUGAAUUAUUUAAAGUGAAGCUUCGGAUGGACACGCUCACAGAUCUUGAACAGUUGUAUCUGGACUGUCGAGAGUUGUCAUUUUGUGAAGGUGUUUGUCUACCUCCCAACUUACAAUCAAUUGACCUUUGGUCUCAAAUAACAACACCGUCUGUUACGGAAUGGUGUCUCCAAGAUCUAACCACUCUUUCAGAAUUGACUAUCAAAGAGGGUCAUGAUACAUUUAACACCUUGAUGAAGGAGUUGUUGCUACCCAUCUCCCUUGUUUCUCUACAAAUCAUGGAUCUCUAUGAAAUGAAGUCCUUUGAUGGAAAUGGGCUUCGACGCCUCUCCUCUCUCCAAAAUCUUCACUUUAUUAAUUGUGAACAACUCAAGUCAUUUCCAGAAAACUGCCUCCCUUCCUCGCUGAAAUAUCUUCAAUUUUAUGGCUGUGAGAAACUUGAGUCAUUACCAGAAGACAGCCUCCCCGACUCUCUUGAGAUGCUGGAAAUGUCAUCUUGCCCAUUGUUAGAAGAAAGGUACAAAAGGAAGGAACAUUGGUCCAAAAUUGCUCACAUCCCUGUCAUACAAAUAAAUCAACAAGUCAUAAUAUAAGGAUAAGUUGUGUUCCCGUUCUAGGAGAUCAAAGCCUAAGUUGAUGAAAAUCAGCUCACUUGAUGAAUCGAAGAAAAAUGAUUGUAUCAGGUGAACUUAUUUGAGAGGAGCCCAAUGUAUGGUUUCCAUUUAUGGUUCUAAAUAUUGGAAACUUGUUUGAGUAACAUAAAGAUUGAGCAAUGGAAGGAUUUUUCAUGAUAGGACGGAACAACUUCUUUCUUUAUCCGAAAAGGUUAAACUCCAAAUUUUCUGGUGGUUAAAAUCGUAUUACAUUUUGUUCAAUUUUUAUCACUCUACUUAGAGGAUGAACCCUUUGUUGUAUUUAAAGGUUGUUUCGUAAAUCUUGUAUUUUUUUGUUUUUUGGCUGCUUGUUGCAGCCUGGUUGAUUUUGUGCAAUUCCUGGAUUUGUAA